CAGUUGAAUUGGGGACAUGCAUAUGAGCAAACACCUUGGUCGUACUCUUCGCCGCUCCGAAAUCGUCGAUCCACAGCCGAUAUGCUUCUCCGCCACCGCCACCGCCUCCUCCUCCUCAACCUCCACAGGCCCCUCGCCUCUCCUCCUGCUCUGGCCUCCGUAUCCUUCCGGCCCUUAUCCCUCUCCGCGCAUCUGACGCCUAGCACAGACUCCCCUAGCCCUUCCGGGUCUACCGUCAAGGGCUCCUCCGUUCCGGAUGUCGCUGCCCCAGGUCUGUUGCGGAGCGAACUCUUCGUGCCGCCGGGGGUGGAGCGGAAGGACGCGACUGCCGAGAUGCUGCUUCCGGGUUCUAACAUCGUCGUGGGGCCCUACGCUGGCGACGCGGAGGUGAAGAAGAUUGAGUUCGUGAAGAGCAGUGCGAGGGCGGGCGAUUGCCCUAAGGAUGGUCGCCCGGAGUUCGCCAUCCUCGGAAGGUCCAACGUCGGCAAGUCCUCCCUCAUCAAUAAGCUCGCCCGCAAGAGGGAGUUCGCCCUCACUUCCAAGAAGCCAGGGAAAACACGACUUAUAAAUCACUUUUUGGUUAACAACAGCUGGUACAUUGUGGAUUUGCCAGGCUAUGGGUUUGCAAAUGCAUCUCAAUCUUCUCGAACUGACUGGUCGAGAUUUACCAAGGGGUACUUUUUGAACCGGGAGACCUUGGUUGGUGUCUUGCUCCUCAUUGAUGCCAGUAUUCCACCCCAGCAAGUAGAUUUCGACUGUGCUAACUGGCUCGGACGUAACAAUAUCGGCUUGACUUUUGUGUUCACCAAGUGUGACAAAAUCAAAGGAAAGCAACCCAAUGACAAGAUCAAGCAUUUUCAGGAUCUUUUCAGUGAGUACUACAGGAAAUCGCCGCCUCCAUGGAUCAUGACAAGCAGUGUUACUGGCUUAGGUCGAGACGAGCUCCUCUGCCAUAUGUCUCAGCUGAGGAAUUACUGGGACAACGAUGAUGAGUCAGUUUGAUGGCUGAAUGCAUUCAUCGAAAAGGUGAUUGUGUCAACGUUUUAAUAUUUUCCUCUUUGUUAUCAGUUUCGCCACUCUGGUUAGUUAGACCAUGUAAGUGCCUAACCUUAAUUAACCUAAAGCAUAUUACUAUGUUAUAUUUGACAAUAUUAGCAUUAAAUUGGAAUCACAAAUUAUGUGCAUACAUAGAUCUUGACGAGAUCAAGUCACUUUGAAGUUAUAAUGAG